AUGUCGACCAGCAAGAAUCUACCCAAGACUUCCGACUUCCCAUCAUCUUGGACUUUGACGGUGUCGCCUCCUCCGAGCUCGCAACGACCGACCAACGUCCUCAUACUGCUCCAUGGCUUGGGUGAUGCUCACCUUCCCUUUGCUCAGCUUGGCACUCAGAUGAAUCUUCCUGAGACGGCAUGCAUCUCCAUCAAAGCUCCCGAACCACUUCCCUUCGAAGCUUCGUCAUUUCACUGGGGCGACGAUGUUAUCUUUGACAACACAGUCGGGACUAUUGAUCCUGACGGUGGCUUCAAGAAAGUUGUUCCACGACUUAUCAAGGAAGUCAUUGAAGAUACCUUGAUCAAGAAAUGUGGCUACCAGGCCCGCGAAUUGAUGAUUUUUGGCUUGGGUCAAGGUGGUAUGGUAGCUCUCAGUACCGCAGUAAGUAUGGAGCAAGAGCUAGGCGGAAUCAUCAGUGUCGGGGGCCCCUUGCCCAAUGAGACUCCUGCUUCUCUCUCCCCGAAGCGCAAAACCCCCAUCUUGGUCUGCUCUGGCAACGACAGCCCUUGGGUCAAUUCCUCUGUUGAAGCCAAGCUCAAGGCAGUAUUCGAGUCUGUUCAGCUCAACCGCUACAAAAGAUCUGGAGACACCAUGCCUAGGAGUCGCGACGAGAUGUAUCCUAUCAUGCAGUUCUUUGCUAGGCGUCUCAAGAGCUCAGCGGGUGUUCCAGAGGGUAGUGUAGAGCUUACAGCUUGA